AUGUUCAGAUGUGUCCAUCAAUAGCUCAGAGACAAACAUAUAAUCGAUUUUAUAACCUUCUGAAAAUCCAGUUCUUCUAAUUUUUGUCAGAACAAAAUCGAAUACGGCAGAAAUAUGUCAUCAUCAGCUGCACUUCCACCACCUGUGAAUGUUGCUCCACUGAUUCGCUUUGGACGGUGGUCACUGUUGACAGCUGGAAUUUUGUAUGGUGCCUACCAUCACAAUCGAUUGUCAAAGAAAGAAGCCAUAAAUCGUAAGAUUGAGGCCGAAAAAAAAGUUAUUCGUGAUGCACAGCAGGCAAUUGAAAAAAAGAAGAGAUACGAAGAGGAGAUAAGAGCUUUGGAAGAAUUGUCGCGCCCAUCAAAAAAUGUUGCCGCCUAAUAGCGUUUCCUGCACUCGUGUUGGAUCAAAAUGGGAAAUGCGGAGUUUUUAUGCAUUAUUCUUGAAAUAUUUCGAUAGAUAUUGAUCAUAGCAAAAUAGAAAUCAAGUGUAAACUAAAAUAAAAGUCCGACAAAUAA